AUAUGAAAAUACGUUAUACAGGAAAUCAUCCAACAUUGUUUUAAAAUAAUAUUUAAAAAAAAAGGUUUCCAAGUCUGCGUUUGUCGCCAUGUUUACUUUUGGUGACGCCAAACCUCUUCCAUUUUCCUCCGCCUCUGGUUGUCAAGAAGAUGGCAGCUUCCAGGGAGGCAUGAGAGGGAAUACUUCUUCGCAAAUCGAAUGAAUUUGGAAUAUUGGUUCGAGAUAAGACCAUCUACUUGUACUUUUGCAAUAAGUGAAUCAAAAUACGAGACAUGUCUAAUCCUGGGACCACAGGGUCGGUUCUCCAGCCGCGGUGGAAGCGGGUUCUAGGAUGGUCUGGGCCGGUGCCUCGGCCCAGGCAUGUGACACAGAGCUGGGCUAUAAAGGAGCUUAUGGUCGUCUUUGGAGGUGGAAAUGAAGGAAUUGUCGACGAAUUGCAUGUCUACAACACUGCUACAAACCAGUGGUUUAUCCCAGCUGUCCGUGGUGAUAUUCCUCCUGGCUGUGCUGCCUAUGGGUUUGUUUGUGAUGGCACAAGGUUGCUGGUAUUUGGUGGUAUGGUCGAGUAUGGAAAAUACAGCAACGACCUCUAUGAACUACAGGCCAGCCGAUGGGAAUGGAAGAAGUUGAAAGCAAAGAACCCUAAAAAUGGGCCACCUCCAUGUCCACGUCUGGGUCACAGUUUCUCCCUGGUUGGCAACAAAUGCUACCUGUUUGGUGGACUGGCCAAUGACAGCGAGGAUCCUAAGAACAACAUUCCUAGAUACCUGAACGAUCUGUACACCCUGGAGCUCCGUGCAGGCUCCAGCGUGGUGGGAUGGGACAUCCCGAUCACCUACGGAGUGCUUCCACCACCACGUGAGAGCCACACGGCUGUGGUCUACACAGACAAGACCAGCAGGAAGUCUCGUCUCAUCAUCUACGGCGGCAUGAGUGGCUGUCGUUUAGGAGACUUGUGGACACUGGAUAUUGAAACCCUGACCUGGAACAAGCCGUCAGUAAAUGGCACAGCUCCACUUCCCAGGAGUCUUCACUCAGCCACCACCAUCACCAACAAGAUGUAUGUGUUUGGCGGCUGGGUUCCUCUGGUGAUGGAUGACGUCAAGGUGGCCACACAUGAGAAGGAAUGGAAGUGCACCAACACACUCGCCUGCCUGAACCUAGACUCUAUGUGUUGGGAAACGGUGUUGAUGGAUACGCUGGAGGACAACAUCCCACGAGCGCGCGCUGGUCACUGCUCUGUAGCCAUCAACUCCAGACUAUAUGUAUGGAGUGGACGCGAUGGCUACCGCAAGGCGUGGAACAACCAGGUCUGCCUGCAAAGACCUCUGUAUUAUGUUUUCACAGAUCGGCCGCACGCACCAGCCAGGGUUCAGUUAGUUCGUGCCAACACCAACUCGCUCGAGGUGAGCUGGGGCGCUGUCUCCACGGCGGACACCUACCUGCUCCAGCUGCAGAAGUACGACAUCCCAGCAGCCACCGCUGCCACGUCUCCUGCCCUGACUGCCACCCCCUCACUGCCCGGCCACGCCCCCAAGAGCCCUGCCCCGGCCGCCACCGCCCUGUCCGCUCAGAGUCACCCACAGACAGCUAUAUUGAAGGUUGCGGCUCCCCAGUCUGCAACGGGUACGUCCAUCGUCACCGUCCGUCCCAACCAGAUGGGGAAGUCCCCCGUCACUGUGACAUCACUUCCUCCCGGGGUUCGCAUGGUAGUGCCGGCCCAGAACACGCAGGGAUCGCCAAUCGGCAGCAGCCCUCAGAUGAGUGGCAUGGCAGCUCUGGCUGCAGCAGCGGCAGCUACACAGAAGAUUCCGCCCUCCUCCGGCACUGUCCUCAGUGUACCCGCUGGGGCAACCAUCCUCAAAACAAUGGCGGUCUCCCCCGGCACCACCACCGUCAAAAUGUCCUCUCCACUCAUGGUGAGUAACCCGGCCACCCGUAUGCUGAAGACUGCAGCUGCCCAGGUGGGGUCCGCCACUGGGUCCUCUCCCAACACGCCCACCAGGCCCAUCAUCACCGUGCACAAGUCAGGCACAGUAACAGUAGCCCAGCAGGCCCAGGUGGUCACCACUGUGGUGGGAGGAGUCACCAAGACCAUCACCCUGGUCAAAAGCCCCCUCACCAUGGGCAGCGGAGGCACGCUGCAGAUCUCCAACCUUGGCAAGAUGAUGUCGGUAGUACAAACCAAGCCAGGGCAGACGUCUAUUGGGGGCCAGUCUUCGACAAACCCCCUCACGCAGCUCAUACAGACAAAGGGUGGUCUUCCAGCUGGAACCAUCCUGAAGCUGGUGACCUCUGCGGAUGGCAAGCCAACCACCAUCAUCACCACCUCCCAAGCAGGGGGUGGCGGCAACAAGCCACACAUUUUGAACAUUAGUGGCAUGUCCCCCAGCAACAAGCAGGGCACCACCAUCAUCAAGACCAUCCCUGUCUCGGCCAUCAUGACCCAGUCUGGAGCCACAGGUGUCACAAGCAGUUCAGGCAUGAAGACCCCUAUUACGAUCCUAACCACAAAGAUGAUGACCUCUGGCACCCCUGGCAAAAUCAUCACCGCUGUGCCUAAACUUGGCGGUGCCUCUGGCCAACAAGGACUCACACAGGUGGUUUUGAAGGGAGCUCCUGGACAGCCAGGGACCUACCUACGCACCGUGCCCAUGGGCAGCAUGGGGGGAGUUCGACUCGUCACACCCGUCUCUGUAUCCGCUGUCAAGCCUAAUGUUACCACCUUGGUUGUCAAGGGAACCACCGGAGUCACCACUCUGGGGACAGUCACUGGCACAGUAUCCACCAGCCUGGCAGGGGGCAGUGUUGCUACUGCCAAUGCCUCUUUGGGCACCCCAAUCACCACCCUGGGCACCAUCGCAACCCUGUCCAGUCAGGUGAUUAAUCCCACCUCCAUCACUGUGUCUGCAGCCCAGACCAACCUGACCUCUGUGUCCUCGCUUCCCUCCUCUGCAAUCCCUGUGCAGAACCAGCCUACCCAGGUGACCCUCAUUACCACACCCAGCGGUGUAGAGGCCCAGCCAGUGCAGGACCUCCCAGUCUCGAUCCUGGCUUCGCCCACCUCAGAACAGCCCAGUUCCACUGAGGCCGCCAGCGCCGGGGAGGGCUCCGGUACCGUUACCCUGGUGUGCUCCAACCCCCCGUGUGAGACCCAUGAGACGGGCACCACCAACACGGCCACCACUUCCUCCGCCACCAUGGGUGCGGGUCAGGUGUGCUCAAACCCCCCGUGUGAGACCCAUGAGACGGGCACAACCAACACGGCCACCACCGCCUCCUCCAGCAUGGGGACGCUGCGCAUGUGCUCCAACCCGCCAAGCGAGACCCAAAAGACGGCGGUUACCAACACGGCCACCACCACCACCUCUUCUUCCGUGGGCGGGGCUCCGAAGGUGUGCUCCAACCCACCGUGCGAGACCCACGAGACGGGCACCACCAACACAUCCACCCAGGCCGCAUCCAGCAUGGGCAACACACAGAAAAGCACCGACUCUGGUACGGCACAGAGGGUCUGCUCCAACCCGCCUUGCGAGACCCACGAGACGGGCACCACCAACACCUCCACCCAGGCCGCAUCCAGCAUGGGGGGUGGCCAGACCAGCACAGACUCCGGAACGGCGCAGAGAGUCUGCUCCAACCCGCCCUGUGAAACCCACGAGACGGGGACCACCAACACCUCCACCCAGGCCGCUUCCAACAUGGGGGCUGGCCAGACCAGCACAGACUCUGGGACGGCGCAGAGAGUCUGCUCCAACCCGCCCUGUGAAACCCACGAGACGGGGACCACCAACACCCCGUCCACGGCGACCUCCACCAUGGGGGGCGACCAGACGAGCACAGGCUCCGACACAGUCCAGAGGGUCUGUUCCAACCCCCCCUGUGAGACUCACGAGACGGGGACCACCAACACUGCUACCACUGCCAGCUGCAACAUGGAGACCGGCGAGGGCGCAGCCCAGCAGACAGAGGAGGGUGCAGAUGGGACCGGCGGUUCAGAGGCCGCCUCCACCACCGCAGCAGCCGGGUCCAGCCCGCCCAGCGCCUCCCAAGGCCGGGCGGUCACCACCGUCACCCAGGCCACGCCAGCCCCUGGGCCCUCUGUACCUUCCAUCUCAUCGAUCACAGAGGGGGCCAGUUCAGCCAGCGGGGCCACGGAGGAGCCCAUGCAGACGGACGAGGCCCCGGCUGCAGAGGCGGCCCCAGCCGAGGAGGCCCCCACAGCCAUGGAGGCCCAGGCACAGGGAGAGGCGACAGCAGCAGCCUCAGCCCCCUCCACCACCACACUGAACCUCCCCGCCGAGCUCAUGUCCGAGGGCCAGGGGGCCACGCUCAUGGUGACCGGCCUCUCUGACGAGGAGCUGGCCGUCACCGCCGCCGCAGAGGCCGCCGCCCAGGCCGCCGCCACAGAGGAGGCCCAGGCCCUGGCCAUCCAGGCUGUGCUGCAGGCCGCCCAGCAGGCCGUCAUGAACGAGAGCGACUCGAGCGGCGACCGACAGCAGCAGGCCGGCAUUCCCAUCGUGUUGACCCAGCAGGAUCUGGUGGCACUGGUCCAGCAGCAGCAGCAGCUGCAGGAGGCCCAGGCCGCCGCCCAGCAGGCCAGCGUGGACGCCAGCCUGCCCACCGAGGGCCUGGCCCCCGCAGACAGCCUCAACGACCCCUCGGUGGAGAGCAACGGCCACAACGAGAUGGCCGCCAGCGUCACCACCGCCGUGGCGUCCCUGCUACCGCGCACCACCGCCGAGGCGCUGGCCCCGUCGAGCACGUUCGCGCCCGUCGUGGCCAUGGCCAGCCCGGCCAAGCUGCAGGCCGCAGCCGCUCUGACCGAGGUGGCCAAUGGCAUCGAAGGAGGGAAGCAGAAUCCCCAGCCAGCACCAGUGAAGACCGUGUUAAAGAAGGAGAACCAGUGGUUUGACGUGGGCAUCGUCAAGGUCACCAACAUGGUGGUCACACACUUUUUCAUGCCAUCCGACGACUCGCAAGGGGAUGAUGACUCGGGUGUAAUGCCAGACUACGGCCAGAUGAAGAAGAUGGAGCUGCAGCCAGGCACCGCCUACAAGUUCCGGGUGGCCGGGAUCAACGCGUGUGGUCGUGGAUCCUUCUCCGAGAUCUCUGCGUUCAAGACCUGUCUACCAGGGUUCCCUGGGGCUCCUUGCGCCAUCAAAAUCAGCAAGAGCCCAGACGGCGCCCACCUGACCUGGGAGCCCCCGUCGGUGACGUCCGGGAAGAUCAUCGAGUACUCUGUGUACCUGGCCAUCCAGAGCAACCAGACCGCAGAGGCCAAGACCUCCACCCCGGCCCAGCUGGCCUUCAUGCGUGUGUACUGCGGCCCCAGCCCCUCCUGCCUGGUGCAGUCGUCCAGCCUCUCGAACGCACACAUCGACUACACCACCAAGCCAGCCAUCAUCUUCCGCAUCGCCGCCCGGAACGAGAAGGGCUACGGCCCCGCCACUCAAGUCCGAUGGCUCCAAGAAUCCGGCAAAGACGCAGCCUCGGCGAAACCCGCCCCCAAAAGACCAGGCACCUCGCCCGAUACUAAGGCUACUGGUCCAAAGAAAGCGAGAACGGAUCAGUGAGACUGCCCAGAGACCUGACCCCACCCUGCCUUCCUCCCUCCUCUCCUCCCACCACAACCCCUGUCUUUAGCCCCCUUCUCCACUCACUGUCUUUAUCCAGAGCCUGAACCCCUCCACUACCACCUCAUCCUCCUCCUACCCCCCCCCCUCCCCAUCUUUCAUCCUCAAGUGUGACUCGAGUCCAGCUCCUGGAGAACAGAACACCUUUAUGAAGCCCUGAUGGCAGUCACUCUGAGACCUCUGUAGAUAAUACCCUUCUCUUUUUUUUUUGUUGGUUAAACAUUUUUUCUGUGUGUAUUUUUAAGAGCGACACAAAGUUAGAAGCACAUUAGCGCUAUUUCAGUCCGAUCUGCCAUCUUUUGCUAGUUUCAGUAGUCCAGCUGUAGAGAUGCAAGUACAGCUUCCGCCAACCCGGGAGCUCACCUACGCAUAUUCUUACUUUGGUUUUGUUCUUUUUUCAUUUUUUUUUUUCUUGAAUAUCUCGGGAUUUGGGAGGGUGGGCAGGGGGUUGUUAAAAAAACUACAUAAAAUGAUGUACAGUGCUGGAAAUGCAGUGGCAUAAGUUAAGAUGCUGGGGGAACGGAGAGGGUAAUAAUCAGUUUGGAAACAAAUAAAGCACUUGUCCUCACAGAGAGAGGACAUCCUUCUUCUUUUUUGUGCUCAGAUACAAAAUUUGCUUCAAGAAUCCGAUCUGUACAGACAUACUGGAUUCCAAUUUCCUGGUAUUGUCAUCACUGUGCGCUUUCCCCCAAGAUGACGACUGGAGACGGACACACAGUGGACAAACGACGAAGGAAGAGAUUUGUAGAGUGACAUAGACUUGCUAGGACUGAGACUUGCAGCACACACACAACUUGCAAAAUCUUCCCAAAAAAGUUAGCAAGCAAUGAUGCAGAAGACCUUUUGUGUAGUUUAUUUUUGUAUUUUUUAAGCUUUUUUGUUUUGUUCUUCCUGUGUGUAUGUCUAGUGUGCAUUUUAAAAACAAAAACAAGAUUUUUUUUUAACUGUUGUUCAUCCCCAUAGUAUGUGUUUGUGGGAAGAGGGUUGGCUGUGUUGCGGUUGCCACUGUAUUUUUAAAUAUUAAUUCAGUUGGUUGUACGUUCUUGUUGUAACCGAAGGUAUGAAAGCGAGGCAAGACUGUUGUAUUCCAGCUAGGAUGCAGAGCUCACGGGACUGAAGGGAGCUUUGAACCAGACCCCGUGGAGGUCCUCAAUUUGUUGCUUUCCUUUUUACUACGACUUGCUCAAUGCUUGUACGUCUUUGUUUUUGCCAAACAUCAAGAAGCUAAGGAGUAUAAUAAGGAAUAUAUGAUCUGCCCGGCCCCCCUACAUCAUUAAAUACCCAAGUAAAUUGUCUUAUGCUUUUAUGCUAUUAAACGUGGUGUCCUACCCUUUCUUUACUUUUUUAGAAUGACAAAUUCUAUUAGACUCAUCCUGUUGAUCCUGUAUGUGAACCCCAUUUAAUAAAUUUAAUUUUUUUUUUCUUCUAUGGCUCUAUUCCAGAUUGCUGGCAGUGUGCAAGCUCAUGAAUAUGUAAUGGUUUUGAAUGGUAUGCCUUGGGAGGAAAGCUCACAUAGCCAGUGUACCCACUUGUAAAUUAGUUCGUUCAUAUAGCAAGAAUUAAAGAGAAAAAAAAACAUCUUGGCCUUUUAUAUAAUUACUUGUAACAGUUUUUACAUGUUGGUCAUCUCUUGAUUGCCUUUUGUGUCUUUACAUAUAAAAAAAACCCAGACAAAUAAGAUAUAUCAAUAUAUACAGUCUCCUUAUUUGCUUCUGUCAGGCCAAGUCACUGUAGGAGUCGGAAUCACUGCUAGGUCCAUUCUAAUACAACACUUGUGCAUGGGAGAGGUAUCCCUGAUUGGCCACAAGUUUGUCAUUUCCUAAGAAAAGCAUUUGUGUCGUGAGGGUCUUGGGCGGGGGGAGAACGGCGCCAAGCUCACUUGCCUCUCCCUCUCGCAGGUCCAUUGGGUCUCCGUUUGGGUCUUUUUCUGAUUUAUUUCUCUUGACAAAAGUUAUCUUCAUAUGCAUUCAUUAUUUUGUGCGUGUCAGUGUGUCUGUUGAGCAAAACUAGACAUGCAUGCAAAAAGCAGUGUAUUUAAGUAGUGAUGCCUUAAGUUAGACCAUAAGCUGAAGGUCCUCAAAAGAAGAAAAAAAAAAAGCAUUUGAGUUUGUAUCUCUUCCCAUGUGGUAUACAAGUGUGCCCCUUUUCCUUGCUGGAUCACUGUUUUCGCCACCUUGUUAGGUCGUCAACAUCAGCAGUGCCGAGGUCUUUCUGAAUUUGUCCUCCCACACUGGGAAUGGUGCGGGUCUCAGCACUGACAGCGGGCGCGAGUUUCCCUCGGCUGUUUGCAGGCUAACUGGAAAUGUCCUGUAUUUUCCAAUGUGUGUUUUUUGUACUGUAGGGAGUAAUGUAUCUUUUAUCAUCAAAAAUAAACAUGUUAAACAUUAA